AUGUUGACUACUGGAAUCACCGAACCACAGCCAAUUCUAGAUCAAUUCACUAGUCCAACUCGCUCUAAACAGCGCACUGCAGUCUUUGGCACUCCAGGCGCUUAUCACAAAUCCGCUCCUCAUAUCGUUUUUUUGAUCGACUUGGCUGGCCUUGUUCCUACAACUAACAAGGCUGCAUUCAGCAGUACGGAGCAAUUCAAUCAGUCUAAUAUCCAAACUACUUUGUUGGCAUCUGUUCUUAAAAUCCUAGUUUAUUUCCAUGUUCAUAUUAAUCCAAACCUGACUUGGGGUUAUGAAAUCAUUAAUACUGCUACUUGCAGCAGUCAAUCGAGCGAAUUAGCUGACCGAUGUGGCCCAACUGCUGGGCCAUACUCAUCUACCAUGGCCGAUAAAAAUGGUAGUUGCCAUUCUGAAAAGUCCAUUUUAGAUUUAGGAUCCGAGGCAAUUGUUGGUCUCAACAAUGCGAUUGCCAAACACAUUGCAGCACAUUCAACACCAGCCACUAGCUCAUCAUCCAACCUUGUUCAGAUUAUAAAAGUAUGCAAAAGACUUCUGGUUCAAGUUCCUUGGCAUAAUGGCCCAGCAGGAACAUUUCAAUCUCCUCUAAAACCCACAUUAACUAAACUCGACACAACCAAGGGGAACAUCAAGAACCGAUCUUAUCUUUUUAUUAUUUCGCGAAUUCCGUUUACAGCAGCCGACCUUGCCAAAUCUAUCGAUAUGGUAGAUCCAGAACUUGUCGCAUCUGCAGAAACACAGGCUGGAUUUAUGUCUAUUUUGAUGUAUGCCAAGAAUGAGUUGGUGUCCAAGAACAUUUGGGAGGAUUUUGUCGGACGACGUGUUGCUGUGUCGUGGAUUUUCCCGAUGCCAAUCAAACCUAGUUUAGAUGGAUACAGAAUCCAAUCAAUGGUUUUUGCUGUUGCAAGGAGCUAUGGUGGAUCUGUAAUGACGUUUUCUGAAUUGCUGAGCACGAAAAAAUGGACGCAGUCAUUGGAAUCCAUGCAAUUGAUAUAUCCGAGAACAGUUGAAACUGCACUUUCAAGGCAAGUAAUUCAAGCCAAAUCAGAAUUGGCUUUGAUUCAAGUUAUGCAAAAACCGCUUAUUCCUGUCGGGUCGCUUAAAUAUCCUUGCCUACUUACAACACGGGCCAUGUGCACUAUUUCUGGAUACAAUAUCAAACCAAUUCUGUUGAAAUUCACAAGCAUGCUAGUUUCCAACAAAACUGCAUCCCCAUUUGACACAUCGGUCGAUUCUAUUCAAUGUGCAAAAACAAUUCCGUUAAAUCGACUUGAUAAAGUCUUUUUUUCUGAAGACAAGUUUUUCUGUGUAUGUCAGCAACUUCCUAAUGAUCAAGUUCUUGCAUCUACGUCUAAACUUUUACCCGAUGGUAGUGAUUUUGAAAAAAUUGAGAUUGAGGCGGAUCUACUGAUAACAAUGCUGGACUAUUUUCAGUCUGCAUUGGUUGUGUCUCUUCCUAUGAAAUCGCAGUCUAGUUUAUCCAACAAAGCGACUUCUUGUGAAUUAGAUAACCCGUUUGAGAACCCAUUUGGAGACGUGGCAUCUGAUUUACCAUCAACCAAAGUAGAUACAUUUGAAACACGUACGGCAGUUUUGAUUCCAUUCAUGUCUUGUAUGUUUUUAUGCCACAUCAUUUGCAAAGAUCAAGAAGAAAUCUUUUUAGAAUCAACAGUCGGAGGUAUUUUGGAUAAAGAAAAUGACGCAGUACAUUUGGCUACUGAUGCAAGUGUAGAUUCGUUAGUUUGGAAUUGGUUGCAUCCAAAGAAUGUUUCAGUUUUGUCAGAUUUUUUAACAAAAAGUCACUGGACAUACGAGACUGCUGAUGAACUGCGCCAUAUGCUGUUUGAUCUAUGGUCACCCAACAUGAUAAGUCAAACUCCACGCAGGCAACGGUUGUCUGUCAAAAAACCUGUAAAGGCAAUUGUUGAAGAUCCUGAAAUAACAGAACCAGAUGUUCCAACAGUGGCAUUUGACUUACCCAUGACAAUUUCUGGCGUGCUGUCAAAACUAGUGUAUUGCUACUAUGAUGUUUUAUAUGAAAAGACAACACUGUCCCAGCUGAUUGGCGAUCAACUUCCAUGUAUAUAUAAUGCACUUAUUGGCCUCGUAUCUUCUGAUGAGAGCAUGGACGCGACUGAAAUUCUGUUAAAUUUUUAUCAAGAAAAAAUACUGCUAUCUAUUCAAGCACAAAAAAAGCGUCAUCAGCUUCUUCCGUCACAGUUGUCUGAAAUCUUUUCUUCAUCAAAGCCCAUCAAUUUAGUUAAGGAUGAGUUGAGGAUAGAAGAGAUCUCAGCGGCAAUACUAUGGGCCGAGCGAUUAAAGAAUCAAUUAGAAUCCCAUCAAAAGCAAGAUCUAAAAAAAGUACAGGGCGAGAUUCAGUGCCAAGCACGACAACUACGGACUAACGAAGCCUUGUUGCAAAUGACAUUUUGGAUGGAGUGUUUGCGUAUUCAUAUUGAUACAGGACAUCCUUUGCCAAAUAUGAAACUUAUUGAACCGGAACCAGCUAAAUUUGGCAUAAAAGGAAAAUCUGGGUCAAAGUCCAAAAAUAAACCAGAUAUUGCUGGGGUAGGCGGAAAGGAGCGACGAGAAGAGAUCGUCAAAGCAAUAUCAGAGCAGAUGGAUCAGGUGUGUAUCUGGUCGGUUUUGAGCAACAUGAAUACAGAAACAGCCAAAGGCAUACAACCGGCAGAUGACCGACAAGGCAAUCUUCUUUGGCACAGUUUUGUCGCGCCUGUAGCAAUUAUGUUCUAUCAAGAGCUAUUGCCUGAUGUUGUGGAGCUUUUGAUUACCAAAGUAGGAGGAGAUGCUACAGAGCAAGUAUCCCAAGCCGAGCCAGUCACGCCUUUUUUUAAAAAAACAGCAUCUUUAUCCAUGUCAAGCCAAGCAUCUGCCAAGCGCAGUUUGGACCAUUUGAAGACGGAAAAAAGUCGUCUCAAAAAACGGCCGAGUUUAAUUGAUAUGUUCAAAAACGUACAAGAGGAUUCUCACGAUGGUAUCAUGAAAAAAAACAUGGGAGAUCCAUGUGACGAAGAGCAAGUGUAUCGGGGUCAUUGGUUUCGAUCUCGAUCUGGAAAAGAAAAACCAACUCAUAUGGUAAAGACAGCAACAGCACCGUCGCUUAUUAGUACUGCAAAUACAAUGACUGCUCGAUCAGCAGCAUUAGCACAGCGUAAAACCCGAUCUGUAUUACGGAAUCUAUCUCGACGACAGAUUCAAGUUGUACAAACUGGUGCAAAAAAAUCACGGACAGGGCAGUCAAUAUCGAUGAAUGCGGUUGAUAUAGCUCAACCUAAUACCGAUAGCGUACUGAAUACGGGCAAAUCAUCAGAUUUGAAGCAACAAGCUUCUCAUGGGAAAAUCACACUGGAUGAGUUUCUUGGAAAGUUAUCCCAUCCAAUAGAUGUUUCCAAGCCAAAAACAACGGCUGGUCCAUCGGCGUGUAUUACAUUGGUACCAUCAACUCCCAUGUCCAAGCGCACGUCAAAGCAGCAAUAUAUAUUUCCGAAAUGCGGACUGAAAUGGCAGACUGAAGGGCUCAAUAUAUUACCAAAGGGUCACGAGAGCAGAACUGAAUUAGCAGAGACUGCCGCUAUAUUCAUGUCACCAAAAAAACGGACUAAAAUGAUAUGCAAGGAUGCUGAUGUGUUUGGAGAGUAA